AUGAAUGCGGAUCGCCUACUACUCCAACUGUUCACUUCUCUUUUUGCCAUAUGUAUUCCCUAUGUAUUUGGUAAGUUUCCAAGUGUUUUUUUCAAGUUUUAGUUAGUGCAACUUUGCAAAUGUCCAGAAUAGAGUAUAUUUCUUCAAUUGAAAACUUUUUGAUAAAAACACUAGCAAGUGCAAUGCAAACUUCCAAGAGCUACAAUGGUCUUAGGAGUGAUCGUAGCAAAAAGUUGAGAAUUGCAAAAGUAAAGUACUAGACUUGAACUUUACCGUAUCAGCACGUUCAAAACUGCUAGACCGCAUCGAAUUGUCGGAACGACAGUAGUACAGUUUAAUUUCGUGACUCACAAAGAUUCUCGAUGCCACCAAACAACUUCGUUCUUGAACUUUUACCUUACUUUUGCAACGGCAGACACGAGUACAAACUUUUCAUUUCUCCAAAUGACUUUUGUCUAGCGGACUUUUCAAAUGAGUAAUAGCGACAAUCUUCUUGUUUUCAGCGACAAACUGCUUCCACUGCAUCUCGCCGGACAAGCAGUACAACGCGACGGUCCGUCGUCAGUUGGCCACACAAACCGACGUGUUCUUCUAUCCGAUCGGCGUGAAAUCGCAUUACUGCAGCGACUAUAUAGAUCAGGAUGAUCCACACAUUAUCGAGGGACAAAUAUGCUCAAAGUACUCAAAGUGCGUCACUUUGUUUCCCAACUUGCCAGGUCAGUUUUCAGUUGAAAUGCUCCGACCGAGUCAAAAACAACGCUCCCCUCACAGGUUCGACAUUCGUCGUGCGUGGAUGUCUGGAGAGCAUUCUGCGGCACACGUUCCGAGAAGACGAACGACUGCACGAAGAGGGCUGCUUCCUGUUGCGCUCUCUGCCAAUGUUUCCGAAAACGAUCACAAUGGACUAUGUGGUGUGCACGUGCCACGGUCCGUACUGCAACAAUAUGGCGAUGCCGGCGACCGUCGAACGACCCUAUCACUUUGGACGUUCCGCAGUGCUCAAGUUGGCGUUGACCGACGACGGAGGCGCUCUUCGCAUUGCCACGUCAUCGGGUGCGAUGAGACUGGCCACGUGGCUGACGAUUGUAGUAUUCUUUGCGGUUUGCGUGUGAUAUGAUGACUCUUGCUUUUGUAAAUAUUUUGCUAUAUGGAUUGAGAGUAAAGUAAUAAAGUUGUCAAGUCCCUCUUUGAUCUCCCGAGAGAAAACUCACUAAUGAACCUGAAAUCUCUGCCGCACAGCAGUUCUUUGCCAAUGCGCUCCAAAGUUUUACACUGAAACCGUAAGAACUUCUCUAUAUAAUUGUCUGUAUGUCUAAAAGCCCGUUUUCGAAUGGUUCUUGCUAUAACUACACCGACAUACAGAACUAAUUCGUUUUCUGUGUUUCCAGCACAUGACUUUUUCGCAGAAAGUCCCUCGGAACCCAAAUGAUCACUCGGCACCUCAACCUCAUUAUCGCCCACCAAUCCCUUUUGCAACACAAGUCCAGAUUGCGUCCAAACGACGACACACUCCAAAUCUGUAGAUAAUCCGUUGAUACGCAACACUCUUGAAUGCGCGCGACCACCCUCAACGCGCGAGUAUUUUAAAGUGCAAGGCGAUUUUGAAAGUGAGGAGCGAGUGAGUCAACGAAACGCUUCAAAGCUCACUCAAUCCGACGAGUAAUUCGCCCAAUUUCCGGUUGCAAGUCGAAAAGAGAAACGAGUUCGAAAAGUGAUGAAAGUGAGAGUUCGGUUUCGCAACCGAGUGUUGGUAAACAUAGAGGGCUACGUGGUGACUCACCGAGAAAUACUUCUUCCCUAACCCCCCCCCCCCCUUGCCAUAGGUCCUUUCUUCUUUUUUGAAUAGUUUGUUUUUCGAAUCUCCAAAGUGUUCUCGGUCUUUUAUGGAAAUGAGGCUUCCGAGCAGAAGCCUUCUUCUAUCAUUUUGUCCUUUUCUCCAUUCCUUUUUCAUUUUCAUUUGAAUCAAAAUAAAAACAACAAAAACAUCAUUCCACACACACACAUUCUCUGAAUCGCUGUGGAGCUUCUUGAUCAUCUUCUCCUGAAAACGGAUGAUUGAACGUGGGUGAAGGAGCACACAAAUGUGUGUGUGUGUGUGUGUUGGAUAAGUGCGUACACUUCCGAUGCGAUUUCGAUUCGGAAAUCAGAAAGUGUUUGGGGUUGAAAAUUGAUCUAUGGGCUGGGAAUGGGAUAUCGUGUUAACAGGAGAGGAAGAAGAAGACUCUAGCCUAUCGGAAAACCGUAUUGUGUAGGUUGGACAUGGACACAACGUCUAGCCGACUACAAACCUUAUUUUCCGCCGAACAAAGUGUUUGUGACUGACUUUUGUGAAACGAGAAAAGAUCCUGCUCGGGUAUAUGUUUGAUCCGUAUAAGUUUAAGCACCUUUUUGUGUGCACGUGGACCCAAAGUCUAGAAACGUGCUCGUUGCACUUUUCCUCUUCACCAGGCGCCUAUUCAUCCGAUUUCUCGUGCAAUCGGCACGUUUUCCGUACAAUGGAAUGUAUGACUACUUUCCAAAAGCCACCCUCCUCAUCAUGCCUACUGACUUCUGGGUGUGGUGGGGAAAGAAACAAAGAGACGAUCGCUUAUCACAUUAGAAGGUUCGGUGGUCUACUACCGAACACACACACACACACACACAACCAAUUCUUUCGGUGGUUCCACUCUGUCGCGCCUCGUGACGGCUACAAUUUCGAGCGGCGCGAACUACAUUGAUUCGGGGGAUACGGAAGAAGAGAGUGACGACCAGUGUUGAGCGGAAUUCCGUCUGCCGUCUUCCGUCUUCCGUCUUCCGUGGUUUUUUUUGUUCCGUCUUCCGUCUGCCGUCUUCCGUGAGAAAAGUUUUCUUCCGUCUUCCGUCUGCCGUCUUCCGUAAAAGAAUGUUUCUUCCGUCUGCCGUCUGCCGUCUUCCGGGAUUUUUUUUUCUUACCGUAAAAGAGUAAUAGCUUUUCAAAAGCCAUUUACUAGUCCCGAAGAACGCGAAUUUCCACGGGCAGUACCCAGAUCCAAAAGUUUUGUUGCUUUAGUUACUUUUUUCAAAAAAAAAACCGGAAAAAAAGGCUCUGAAUUGACGAUUUUUUGUUCCGUAUUCCGUCUGCCGUCUUCCGGGAAAAAAGUUUUCUUCCGUCUUCCGUCUGCCGUCUUCCGUGAGAAAAAUUUUCUUCCGUCUUCCGUUUUCCGUGUUCCGUAAGAAAAAUUUUCUUCCGUCUGCCGUCUGCCGUCUUCCGUAUUUCAAAAUUCCAUUUCCGCUCAACUCUGGUGACGACGAUGAUUUGAGGUUCCCGAAUGUCUGAUCUAGACUCCGACUCCGAUGAUGAUGAUGAUGAUCAUGAUGAUGUGGAUGACGUUCAACGAAUGGGUUCGGUUGGGGCAAGAAGAUGAUGUCAUUGAUUGA